CUUCGUUCAGACAAGAAUACAUGUUUGACAUACAGGUCGUCUGGUGCGACAGCAAGUUACUUCUGUAAUGAUUAAGAGUUUUUGUUUUAUAUAGGAAAGGUAGCCGUACAGAAAAUGGAAUCUACUUUUCUAAAUGUGUUUAUUAUUUCAAUAAUAAGCACAACGAGUGCUUUUAACAUAAUUCCGUCCGAAUUAACGAAGUCAGUAACUCUUAACGCGUCAGUGGUCAACUCGACAGGACCAACGUAUUUUGGAACAAGUUUCUUUUUAAAUCCUUCUUCAGGCAAUCACCAGUUAUUGGUCGGUUCGCCUCUUUUGAAUUCUGGUUCACAAACCGAACCCAGCGGAGGACUUUCUUUUUGUGAGUUUAGUUUCACCGAUUCGGUUCCAAGUUGUAAACCAAUCUCACCAAGCACGCCAGCGCUGGUUGCUGGAGAUGCUGUUGGUUUAUCAUUUGCUGCACAGGCAGACGGGAAUAUAACUGCGUGUGCGCCUUUGCGGCCAAGUUACUGUGACGGAGAACUGGAACAUUUAGGUUACUGUUACGCGGGUACUGAGUUUGGAAAAACGUGGAUGUCAAUAUCAAGAAUAGAUCCUUUUGAGUGUCCGAAGGUUGACAUUUUGUUUCUGUUGGACGGUUCGGGAUCUAUUGUUGAAAGUGAUUUCGAAAUAAUGAAAGAAUGGAUUGAAAAUAUAACUCUCUCUUUUGAUAUUUCUAGUAACGGAUCAGUUGCUGUAGGUCUCAUGCAGUUCUCGCACUUUUCUCUAACGAAAACAGAGUUUCAAAUUGGGAUGUUUACAACUAAAGAAGAAAUAAUGGCGGCAAUGAAAAAUGUAACGAUCAAGAAAGGCAAUACUUAUACAGCAGAUGCAUUGCGAAGAUCAAUAGCAGUUUUUCAGAAAUCUUCUCGUUAUAAUGAUACGAAUACAAGGAAAGUUAUCGUGCUGCUGACAGACGGAGAAGCUACGGAUACCGCAAGUUUGAGUAGCACUGCAGAUCUUGUUCGUAGCCAAGGUAUCACCAUCACAGCCGUUUUAAUCACAGAAAAGGUUCUUCCAUCUGAAAGAUCGGCUGCAGUUGCUCAAAUGCAGCUCAUAGUGAACGGGGUAGCAGGAAAUCCUAGCGGCGUAUUUGUUGUUGGAACCACAGCAAAUUUGGAUUCAGUUAUUCGAGCAAUCACGCAGAGAAUUCAAUCGACUUUGGAAGGUGGUUCGGGCAAUGCACAAUCAAAUUCCGGCGUUAGAUAUUCUGAAACUGGAUUUUCGGCUGUAAAUUCACAAAAAACGAUGGAACUCCUUGCUACGUGCUGCUACGGACUGAUGAAUUCCUGUUACAUAUAACAUUCCAAUAUGUUGCUGGAUAAAACAAAAACGUUUCUUUACAAGACUACAAAUAUUUCUUCAGCCAUAUGUAUAUUGAUAUGUCAAGCUUUGGUAUCAGCAACCUGCAGACCAAAGUGUUUAUUAACAGAUUAUCAGGUGAAAACUGACAGAACGCCGGUCCAAAAAAACCCAAAAUAUUUACACUUUUAAACCUAGACUCCGAUGGAUUAAACUGCUUGAUUGUGAAUUAUCAUAAAUUAUCGGAAGUUAUAGAAAUCAAGCCCGGCUUAUAUACAAUAUUUUCGUAUGGAAUAAAAAUAAAGUGGGGUUUACUGGUAAGCUGGUACGAGGUGUAUAAAAACACGUGUUAUACCGGCUGCCCUAAAAUAAAGCAAGUUUCAUCCAUCCAUCUUUCCAUUCAUUUCUUCAUGAACUUCAAACGUGUACAUUGGGUGUACGUGCGGCAGCAAAUGUAUACAAGUAUUAUGAAACAACGAACCACUUUAUUCUGCAUUGGCAAGGCAAAUAAUUGCAGACAAACAACAAUAACUAAUAUUACCGAGAACUGAUGGUUUGUCGAUCAAGUCAUGCGUCGCACGCUAUCUUAACUAAACAUAUUUUUAAUUAUUUGGUUCCAUCUAGGGUUAAGUUAAUUAUUAUUAAAUGUUAUUUCGAAUGGGUUGCUUAGGUUACAAAACGCGUUAAUGAGUUGUAUAAAUGUAUAUCUUCCGCUGCACCAGCUAUACUGGCCACUUUAAAUUGUCAACUCUGCUUGAAAAGUAGCGGCUUAAAAGUUAAGGCUUUUUGCCAUGUAGCGCAGAUCAAAGUAGAGUUAACAAGUUACAUGCAGUUAAAUUAACAACGCUCUUGUGGAGCCGUGGUCACACUAUACCAAAUGUGGUCAUUUACUAUACCAAAUGGGACUAAAAUAGAUCGAUUACAAAAUGUCUUAUCCUACUUCACCCUAUACUGUAUAUUUUCCGUGUUUUUACCCUUGCUAUAUUAUUUAAGCAGUAGUGUGAUAUGGUUAGACGCAGAUUAGGUAACAAAUUAUAUACUAUAGAAAAAAAACAAAUGUCGCGAACAAGGCUUUUUUCUUCCGAUUAAAUGUAAAUAUGUUU